UGCACUAUUCCCUUCGCAUGUCUCAUCCUCCUCCAUCCGUUGUCAUAGUCAUUUUCUCCACGUGCACCAGCUGCUGAAGCUCAAGGUCGACUCGAGUGUGUGUCUCCGUUGACGACGAUAGCGGGCAUCGUUGAACGCACGGGUGUGUGGGGUACACCUCUCCGUCUGAAAUCAAGUCACACAACAUGUCGCAGGCCAUCGAGCCAGAGACGACCCAGGCACGGCCUGGCGUCCCCCGGGCGACCUUCGUGGACGCUUUCCCUAGCACCCCCGGCACGCCUUCGGCGCUCACUGGCCAUGUCUUCCCGACCAUCAACAAGAUCCGCAAGAACCUGCAGGGCGGAGGCACUGGCGAACCCCUCAAGAAGCUUAUGGUCGCAAACAGAGGUGAGAUCGCCAUUCGUGUUUUCAGAACGGCGCACGAGUUGGCCAUGACGACGGUCGCGGUUUACUCGUUUGAGGACCGCAUGUCUGCUCAUCGCUACAAGGCCGACGAGGCAUACCAAGUCGGAGCUGGUCUCGCCCCCGUCUCGGCGUACCUUGCGCAGGACGACAUCAUCCGCAUCGCGCUCGAGCACGGCGUCGAUAUGAUCCACCCUGGCUACGGCUUCCUGUCGGAGAACCACGAGUUUGCGCGCAAGGUGGAGGCCGCUGGCAUCGCUUUCAUCGGACCCAGGCCAGAGACGAUCGACGGACUCGGCGAUAAGACCAAGGCACGCGACCUCGCUCGCAAGGCAGGUGUGCCCAUCGUGCCAGGUACGCCCGGCCCGAUUGAAAGCUUCGAGGAGGCUCGUGACUUUUUGAAGGAGACCGGCUUCCCUGUCAUCAUCAAGGCGGCCAUGGGAGGAGGAGGAAGGGGUAUGCGUGUCGUGCGCAAGGAGGAAGAUUUCCAGGACGCGUUCGAGCGCGCCAAGUCCGAGGCCAAGUCGGCUUUCGGCGACCCUACCGUCUUCAUCGAGCGCUUCCUCGACCGACCGCGUCACAUCGAAGUGCAGCUGCUGGCCGACGGAGAGGGCAACUGUGUCCACCUAUUCGAGCGUGACUGCUCCGUCCAGCGUCGCCACCAGAAGGUGGUCGAAGUUGCGCCUGCGAGCAACCUGAAGGAUGAAGUGCGCCAGGCAAUCCUCAGCGACGCCGUCAAGCUCGCGAAGACGGCCAACUACCGCAACGCCGGCACGGCGGAGUUCCUCGUCGACCAGCAGAACAGGUACUACUUUAUCGAGAUUAACCCGCGUCUUCAGGUCGAGCACACCAUCACCGAGGAGAUCACUGGCAUUGACAUUGUUGGCGCGCAGAUCCAGAUCGCCGCUGGCGCCACGCUCGAGGACCUAGGCUUGACACAGCAGACAAUCCAGAAGCGCGGCUCGGCCAUCCAGUGCCGCAUCACAACCGAGGACCCCGCAGCCAACUUCCAGCCCGACACGGGUAGGAUCGAGGUGUACCGCUCCGCCGGCGGCAACGGCGUGCGCCUCGAUGCGAGCAGCGGCUUUGCAGGCGCGCAGAUCACGCCACACUACGACUCGCUGCUCGUUAAGGUUACCUGCCGGGGAGCUACGUACGAGGUGACGCGUCGCAAGAUGCUGCGUGCACUCGUCGAGUUCCGCAUCCGUGGCGUCAAGACGAACAUUCCCUUCCUGUUCCGCCUGCUGACGCAUGAGGCGUUCGCCAGCGCCAGCACGUGGACAACGAUGAUCGACGAUACGCCUGAGCUGUUCAACCUGGUGCAGAGCCAAAACCGAGCGCAGAAGCUUCUUGCAUACCUGGGUGACAUGGCGGUCAACGGCAGCCAGAUCAAGGGCCAGAUGGGCGAGCCGGGCCUCAAGAAGGAGAUUGAGAUUCCGAAGCUGUUCGACCUGGAGGACCCGGCCAAGGUGCUUGAUACGACGCUUCCAUGUACAGAGGGAUGGCGCAGCAUCAUCGUCAAUGAGGGCCCCGAGGCAUUCGCCAAGGCUGUGCGUGCGUACAAGGGUACGCUGAUCAUGGAUACCACUUGGCGCGAUGCGCACCAGUCGCUCUUCGCGACUCGUCUGCGCACCGUCGACAUGGUCAACAUUGCCAAGGAGACCUCGUACGCGCUCAAGAACGCCUUCUCGCUCGAGUGCUGGGGCGGCGCUACGUUCGAUGUCGCCAUGCGGUUCCUGUACGAGGACCCGUGGGAGCGCUUGCGCAAGCUCCGCAAGCUCGUGCCCAACAUUCCCUUCCAAGCGCUCGUGCGUGGUGCCAAUGCCGUCGGAUACACGUCGUACCCCGACAACGCCAUCUACGAGUUCAGCAAGAAGGCAGUAGAGAAUGGCCUGGACAUUUUCCGUGUCUUUGACUCGCUCAAUGACCUCGGCUCCCUCAGACUCGGCAUCGACGCGGCCAAGAAGGCAGGCGGUGUCGCCGAGGGAACCAUCUGCUACACCGGCGAUGUGGCCAACCCGAAGAAGCACCCCAAGUACACGCUCGAGUACUACAUGAACCUCGUUGACGAGCUGGUCAAAUUUGGCAUCCACAUCCUCGGCAUCAAGGACAUGGCGGGCCUUCUCAAGCCUGCUGCAGCCAAGCUGCUCAUCGGCUCGAUCCGCAAAAAGUACCCGGACCUCGUCAUCCACGUGCACUCGCACGACACCGCCGGCAUCGCGCUCUCGUCAAUGCUCGCCGCCGCCGAGGCUGGCGCGGACGUCGUCGACGUCGCGAUCGACAGCAUGUCCGGUCUAACAUCGCAGCCAUCGAUGGGCGCGCUGGUCUCUGCGCUUGAGCAAACUGGCCUCGGCCCCGGCAUCCGUCACGAGGACAUCCAGCAGAUCAACCUGUACUGGACGCAGGUGCGGCAGCUGUACAAGUGCUUCGAGGCGGAGGUCAAGGCGAGCGACUCGUCCGUCUUUGAUCACGAGAUGCCUGGUGGACAGUACACCAACCUCAUGUUUCAAUCCAUGCAGCUCGGCCUCGGCUCGCAGUGGAGCGAGAUCAAGAAAGCGUACAUUGUGGCCAAUAAGCUGUGCGGUGACAUUGUCAAGGUCACGCCAUCCUCCAAAGUCGUCGGCGACUUUGCACAGUUCCUCACCGCCAACAAGUUGACCGCCAAGGACGUGGAGGAGAAGGCGGACAAGCUGGACUUCCCUUCGAGCGUUAUCGAGUACUUCCAAGGCUACCUUGGCACGCCUCCCGGCGGCUUCCCCGAGCCGCUUCGCACAAAGAUCCUCCGUGGCAAGCCCAAGGUGCAAGGCCGCGCAGGCGAGACGAUGGAGCCGCUUGACUUCCUCAAGAUCAAGAAGGACCUUACCAAAAAGUAUGGUAAGACCAUCACGUCGACUGAUGCACUGAGCUACGCCAUGUACCCCAAAGUGUUCGAGGAGUACCAAGACUUUUUGCAAAAGUACGGCGAUCUCAGCAACCUACCCACGCGCUACUUCCUCGGCAAAGCACCCAUUGGCGAGGAGGUGCAUGCGUACAUUGAGCGCGGCAAACUGCUCAUAGUCAAGCUGCUCGCCGUCGGCGCGCUCAACCAGGAGAAAGGCACGCGUGAAUGCUACUUUGAGCUCAACAGCGAGCCGCGCUCAAUCGAGGUCGAGGACCAGAGCGCCGCUGUCGAGACGGUGCACCGCGAGCGCGCGUCGGGUGACCCCGGUUCAGUCGGCAGCCCGCUUGCGGGUGUGGUCAUUGAGAUUCGCGCUCAGGAGGGCCACGACGUCAAGGCAGGCGAUCCCCUCUUUGUCAUGUCGGCUAUGAAGAUGGAGACGGUUGUCAGCAGCCCAGUGUCCGGCAAGAUCAAGCGGGUGACUGUGCAGCAGAACGACAGCGUCUCACAGGGCGACCUCUUGUGCGAGGUCACUCAUUGAGCCAAUGUUUUGUAGGAAGGAGCAGCAGCAGCAACAGAAGAGACUGGCCAGGGAACGAAGAAAUAGGAUCCGUGCGUUAGAUGCAUUAGCGUAAUUCUUGUAAAUGAUCAAGUCCAAUACAUGGAUAGCUAUCCCUCC